AUGCCCUUUACUAUUCCUCCCGGUAGCGCGUCCCAUCUGUCCACUACACCGACCGUGGCUGCUGACAAGGAAGGUGGUGAGGCCGGGAUUGUUGUCGACGACGACGUUAUAGACGUAGCUGCAGAGAAGCGGUUGCUCAGGCGACUCGACCUUCGAAUCAUUCCCACUAUCUUUUUCAUGGGCAGCUAUGCUAUAAUUCUCAACGCCGAUACUGGUGACUCUCUCCUCCAAGUAUUGCACAUGACCACCCGUCGCUUUGACGCUGUUUCUGCCGCUUGUUUCAUCACAACUACGCUCUUCCAAGUUCCGUCGAAUUACAUGCACAAAUAUUUCUCACCGCCCUAUUGGCUCGCGUUUCUCAUCCUGGGAUGGGGAGCGACUCUUAUGAUCAUGGCCGCUUCCCAAAAUUACAUCACAAUACUCCUUCUGCGUCUCUUAAUAGGUGCACUCGAAGCAGGGCUUGUGCCUGGCAUGAUCUACUUCUACACGUUCUGGUAUCGCCUUCAAGAGCGUUCCCGUCGCAUUUCAAUAAUGUACACGUGUGGACCCUUCAGAGCCGCAGUUGGUGGAGGCAUUGCCUACGCCGUCGGCCUUUUGAAUGGCGUUCGAGGUUUGGAAGGUUGGCGAUGGUUAUUCCUCAUUGAGGGUGCCCCGUCGUGCUUCCUCGCAAUCCUCGUAUUCCUCUUCCUACCUGCUUAUCCGGAGAACGCAACAUGGCUCUCUGACGAUGAUCGCGCGCUCGCAGUCCACCGAAUGAAACAAGAGUCGUCGAAGUCUUUGGUGGAUGACAAGAUAACGUGGGAUGGCACUAAAUCGACAUUGAAAGACGGACGACUAUAUUUGCAUUAUUUGUUGGACAUUUUCUCACUCAUCCCGUCCUCCAGCCUCUUUGCCGUCCCAAUCUUCGCAGCUACGGUUAUAGGUACAGUGGGGUUGGCUGUGGUAGCGGACAAGUAUCGGAUCUGGUCAACAUGUGCACUAUUAUCAUAUGUUUUGGCAGGGAUGACGUUCAUUGUUCAAGGACCUAAGACGGCGUGGUUCACGGGCAACCUAAGAGAUACGAAUGCAACAACAUUGGCUAUUGCAAUUAGUUCGGCGUUGGCAAUGGGGAGCCAGGUCGUUGGAAUAUUCAUAUACAGGUCGAGUGAGGCGCCAGGGUAUCGUUCAGGCCAUUACACAGAUGCAGCCAUUAUGUUUUUCUGUGCCGUCUGCACUCAGUUAUUACGGACAAUUUACAAAUGGAGGAAUAAGAAACAGCAAAACGGGGAGAAUCCAUGGGUUGUGUAG